AUGGCGCCUUUGGCUUUGGCCUUUGGCCUCUCCAUCGCUUCUUUGGUACCUUAUUAUCGUGCUGUUAUUUGCGAUGGCAUCUGUACCAGACUGCUUCGUACCGGUAGUAGUAAAAUACAGAAAGAUGCUUUGCAAGAUGGCAACCUUGCUCCUUGCUCCUUGCACCACAGCAGGAUACCGGUACAACUGUACCACACGGCGCACGGCGAAGUUGAGAGCCACCGAAGCCCCGAAGACUUCAAAGGCUCCAAGACUUGCGAUGGUGUCUUCAUUAUUUACAAGACUCUCUCAGUAAAUAUUAACAGCGACGGCAUGCAACAUAAGGCCAUUUGA